AUGCCAACAUUGGCGACUGAUGGACAGACCGAGAACGAUGCUCGAAUAUCCACGGCCGAGCAACGUGAGUACUGGGCCCAGCAAUCCGUGGACGACAACGGCAUGCUCGGCGGCUUCGCGCACAUAUCUCGCGUGGACAUCCGUUUCUCUCGCGACUUCCUGUCCAAGCUCCGCCCGUUGCAUCCGGUCUCGGCGGACAAACAAUCAUCAUCAUCGGCAACCGGCAGCACCGGGCAGAGAACGAGAAAAUACGCGUUCCGGUAUUGUCUCGAGGCCGGGGCGGGCAUUGGGCGCGUAACGCGAGCCUUGCUGGCCUCGAUAUGCGAGAAAAUCGACAUUGUCGAGCCGAUGGAGAUAUUUACCGCCUCGCUGACCGCGCCGGAUUCGCCGCUGGUCAAAUCCGGACAGCUGCAGCGUGUCUAUAAUGUGCCCUUGCAGGAGUGGACGGCGGAGUCAGCUCUGACGGAUGAGCUCACCGUCAAGCACGGGGGCCCUUACGAUCUAGUCUGGAACCAAUGGUGUCUCGAUUACCUCUCGACCCCAGAUCUAGUCCGCUACCUCAGGCGGUUGAUACAGUUGCUCGCACCAGACGGCUGGAUCAUCGUGAAGGAGAAUAUCUCCACGGCCGCGGGCGGGGAAGACAUCUUCUGGGAGGAGAACAGCAGCGUCAGCCGCAGCGAUCGGAACUUCAGGGCAUGUUUCGAACAGGCCGGGCUGAUGAUUGUGAAGACGCAGCUGCAGACUGGGUUUCCGAAGAAGUUGCUGCCCGUGAGGAUGUACGCGCUGAGGCCGGCGUCCUGA